AUGAUAAAAUUAACUAUUUCUAUAAUUAUAAUUAUAUUGUCAAUUAUAAUAUAUUUUUUAAAUCAUCCUCUUUCUAUGGGAUUAAUAAUUUUAACUCAAACUUUAUUAACUUGCUUAUUAUCUGGAAUAAUAAUUAAAACAUAUUGAUUUUCUUAUAUUUUAUUUUUAACUUUUUUAGGGGGAUUAUUAGUUUUAUUUAUUUAUGUAUCAAGAAUUGCUUCAAAUGAAUUAUUUCAUUUAUCUAAUAAUAUUAAAAAAAUAUUUUUUUUAUUUAUUUUAUUAUAUUUAAUAAUCCAAAUAUUAUUUAUAAAAAAUUUAAAUUGAAUAAAUUUAAAUAAUAAUUUAGAAAUAGAAAAUUUUUUUAAUAUAUUUUGAUUUAAUAAUGAAAAUAAAAUUAAUAUAAAUAAACUUUAUAAUAACCAAUCUUCUUUAUUAAUAUAUUUAUUAAUUAUUUAUUUAUUUAUUACUUUAAUUGCAGUAGUAAAAAUUACUAAUAUUUUUUAUGGGCCUUUACGAAUAUUUAAUUAUUAA